UGCAGACGCAUUUCUCUCCAGAGCGCCCCCCAACACCACCACCACCACCACCGCCCUCCUCUCUCUCACCCUGUCCAGCUCUCUCUCUUUCCUUCACACACACGCACAAACACACAGUAUUGUCAACAAAAGCUGGAGAACAAGGGACGUGAGGAGAGCAGGGAAAUAAAGCUUCACUCAGGGUCACCACGGCAUCAUUUCACCUGGACACUUAAGGUCAGGACUCCCUCAUCCGUCUUCAUGGUGUUUGGGACAAUCGUAGCAUGUAUGAGAAGUUAACCAUGCUGAACCUGCAGAGCGGCUCAAACUGGAGUGGGCCCAACAACUGGUACCAUGACCCCACUGGAGUUCAGACACAGCACAGCACAGUGUCUGACGGCUGUCUGCUGGACACAGAGGGCAGCAUGGGGGGAGAGGCGGGGGGAGGAGGAGGAGGAGGAGGAGGAGGUGGAGUGGGCAGAGGGGGAGGAGUCCCCGUGGAGCGGGACGAGGGUGAAGAGUCCCAGCUGAGGCUGCAGCUCAAGAGGAAGCUGCAGAGGAACAGGACCAGCUUCACACAGGAGCAGAUCGAGGCUCUGGAGAAAGAGUUUGAAAGAACACAUUAUCCUGACGUCUUUGCCAGAGAGAGACUGGCAAACAAGAUCGACCUGCCGGAGGCCAGGAUACAGGUGUGGUUCUCCAAUCGAAGAGCCAAGUGGAGGAGGGAGGAGAAGCUGCGCAACCAGAGGAGGUCGGGGGGCGUGACUUCCUGUUCACAGAGUCAAGCUCCUCUGACCACUUCCUUCAACACAUCCAUCUAUCAUCAGCAGCAUGGCAGCAGUUCAGGCUCCAUGUUGAGUCAGAGUGACUCGUCUCUGCCCAGCUACAGCUCUCUGUCAGUUUUCUCCUCUGGAAUCCAGUCUAUUUCUCCACAGUCAGCCUCCUCCUACUCCUGCAUGUUACCUCCAUCACCUUCUGCCCCGCGCAGCUUUGACUCGUCGGGGUACUCCUCCUCCUCUCAUCUGCAGACUCCGCCCUCGGCCAACUCAAACACUGGCCUCAUAUCACCUGGCAUCUCAGUGCCGGUCCAGGUCCCAGGAGGAGAGCAGCAGAACAUGAGUCAGAACCUGGGUCAGUACUGGGCCAGAUUACAGUGAACAACAGACACUUCCAGCAAAGGAAGAAAAUAAGACAGGAACAAGGACAUGUAAAGAAAACGGUCAAUAAAACAGUAUUUGAGACACAUUAGUGGAGUUUCAGGGUUAGUUCAGGUUUUCUGAAAAGUGCUCGUAUGAGGUGCUGACACAUGAUCACUGACACAUGAUCACAUGAUCACAAAAAGUCUACAGUGUCUUCAAAGUAUGUGCCUACAUUAGAGAUUAGAUUAGAGAUUAGAUUAGAGAGACAUGUGUAACCCCCCUAUAUUGUGUCAUUUUGUGACGUCUGUGUUGCUUCAUGCUUCACCACGGUGACAUGAACUUCACAAACACGAGCAGCUACAAAUACUGAUUGGACUUUGGUUUGAGAGAGUGAGUGUUUUAUGAAUUGAAUUUUCCAGGUGGAAAACAGGAUUAUAUUAGGUAAGCCUUGAGUAUGUGAGGAUGUGAUGUUUCCCCUUCUGUUCUGUGGUCGUCACAGUCAUUGUUGGCUGUUGGUGCAUUCCAUUUGUAGUAGGAAGUUGGAUUUCUAACUCACCAA